AUGUAUAGAUGUAUAUAUAUAUAUAUAUAGAUAUAUAUAAAACCAAUGUUAAAUACAUAGGUGAUUUUACGUGUCUACGAAAAAAAAUUACACCGUAAAUCGACCAAAGAAACAAAUUAAUAAAAAUUACAACCGAUUUUGCGACGGAUACAGCUAAUUGCUAAUUUACAAUAUUCUAUAGGAACUUAUCAAUGACCUAAUAAUACUUUGAGUAAAUAACAUAACAUACAUAUAUAGAAAGAAAACACUUCUCUAUAUAUAAAAUACGUAAAAUAUAUAGAUAUAUAUGUAUGUAUGCAUGUAUAUUUGAAAGUGUCUAACAUAUAUGCAUACUUAUAUAUAUCUGUGUGUAUACAACUAUCAACAUAAAACAUUACAUUGGAUAUACUCAAAGGUAAGGCAACACUUCUCUCUUCGUCAUACGAAUUUUUAAAAAAAAGCACAAACAUUAUGGUAAUGACUAUAAGGCGAUUCGGCGACAAUAACAGCAAUAACAUCCUAAUUAACUCGGAGUAUAUCCUGUGAUACAAAUCAAUUAUUAAAAGAAACUGUAAUAAUUUUGUAGCAAUUUGCAAAGGAAAUUUACUAAACGAACAUGGCACCAUAUAAGACAAAAGUAUUUCCUCAAAGGAUGCUACACUGGAUCAUUUUUUAGAAUCAGUGUGGUUGGUGCUAGCUAAGAAGGAGAGUAGUGAUAAAAGCCAUGGAAACGGACAGAGAUGUGGAAGCUGAAGCAGAUACUCGUAGUUCCGGGUAUUUCCGGCUGUUCACAAGGGAAACCUUGUUUGACAUCGAACGCCGGAUUGCCGAGAGGCGUGCUCAAGCAGAGGACGCAGAUUCUGAUGAAGAAGAAAAUGUAAUGGAACUGAAGCCGAAUCCUAAGUUUGAAGCUGGUAAAGGCCUUCCCCCUUCUAUUGGGGAGGUGCCUGGAAAGUUUCAGGGUCGGCCACUGGAAGAUCUUGAUGAGUACUAUCAUAAUAUGAAGUGCUUUUGUGUAAUAGCAAGAGAUAAAACAAUCUUCAGAUUUUCCGCAACGAAAGCCAUUUUUCUGUUGAGUCCAUUUAACCCAUUAAGACGACUUGCUAUUUGUAUAUUGGUCCAUCCACUUUUCAGCCUUGUGGUCAUCUUGACCAUCGUUUGCAACUGUGUAUUCAUGACAAUGAAGGAUAAUCCUCUACCCACAGCGGAAUAUGUAUUUACCGGAAUCUACACAUGUGAGGCAUUAAUAAAAUUGUUUGCCCGAGGAUUUAUCUUAGAACCCUUCACAUACCUCAGAGAUGCCUGGAAUUGGUUGGAUUUCGUAGUCAUUGGUUUAGCAUACUUGACAGAAGUAGUUGAUCUGGGUAAUCUAUCAGCUUUACGAACAUUCAGGGUGCUUCGAGCCCUAAAAACUGUCGCAGUGAUUCCAGGUUUAAAAACAAUCGUGGGUGCCUUAUUAGAAGCCGUCAGACGGUUAAGAGAUGUAAUGAUACUUACGUGCUUCAUGUUGUCCAUCUUUGCACUAAUUGGUAUGCAACUCUACCAAGGAACAUUACGUAGCAAGUGUAUUAAAAAUAUUGUGGAUAAUGAGAAUAUUACAGAUGAAGAGUGGAUGGAACAUGUUUUAAAUAAAGAUAAUUGGGGUGAAGAUUAUUAUGGAAACACUCUCGUAUGUGGAAAUGCUUCAGGCGCAGGACAAUGUGCUGAAAAUUUCACAUGUUUACAAGAAAUAGGAGAUAAUCCAAAUUUCGGAUAUACAAGUUUUGACAACUUUGCCUGGGCUAUGUUAUGUGCCUUUCGAUUGAUGACUCAAGAUUAUUGGGAAAAUUUAUACCAGCUUGUUAUACGAGCUGAAGGUCCCAUUCAUGCAUUAUUCUUUAUUUUGGUCAUCUUUCUGGGAUCUUUCUAUCUGGUUAAUUUAAUAUUAGCCAUUGUUGCUAUGUCUUAUGACGAGCAACAGAAACAAGACCAAGCAGAUGCUGAAGAAGAGGAAGCCGAACGGAAGCAAGAAGAAGAGAAACAGUGUGAAGAGAAAAGUAGAGAAGAGGCAAUAGUUCGCAGUACAUCAGACUAUUCAUGUAAAAGUGUCGAACUGCCUGCUGUCACAGUGGAUGCUGCAGACAAAGGAGACUUGAGUGAUCGCAUGAGUAUCCACUCAGAGGCAGGGAGCGAUGUUAAGCGGAAGCUUAGUGUAAAGCUCUCUGGAAAAAGUAAAAGGGCCAGCUUAAGUUUGCCUGGCUCACCGUUCCCUCUUCGGCGUGGCAGCAAAACCAGUCAGCUCUCUUGGAGGAAAGUAAAAAAUACCCGUGCUAAUGAUCGGCAACCGCUUAUGCCUCAUUAUUUGGAGAAUCUUAAUUUACCGUUUGCAGAUGACUCGAAUGCAGUCACGCCAACAUCAGACGAUUUAUGCAACCUACCCUUAAAAAGUGUUCUCAAUGGUAGGCGAUCUAGUUUUUUGUCUCACCAACGCAGAUGGUCCCAUGUUGAUGGGAGAUUAUCAUCAAGGCGUAGUAGUUAUGCGUCACAAAUUAGUCGAACAUCUCAUACAAGCAGACACUCGCAACAAUCAUCAGGGGAUCCACUAAAAUUUAAAGAAGGAAAAUUAGACAACCCUUGGAACUGGGGUAAGAGACGCGGAUCCCAUUUACUACCUGAAGUUGUCGUAGACAAGACAAAGCUGGAAGACAAUUGCUUUCCGAUGUUAUCUGAGGAAUCCAUUAGUAGCGGUGGCUCAGAUUGUGAAACCGCUAAAAAGAAAAAUUAUGCAAAUAAUCCCUUUCUUUGUCCAAGUUCAAGUGCAUCUAAUGUAGUGGACAUGAAGGAUGUCAUGGUUCUAAAAGAUUUAAUCAACCAUGCGUCGGGCGCAAGAUCAAGUUCUGUCAGUUCAACAUCUUUACUUGCAGGUUCAGUCAGUUCAACCGCUUCUCAACCUGAGUUGCUUAAGGACAAAUUGUUCCGAAUUUUCUGUGCUUGGGAUUGCUGGCCGCCCUUUAAGACAUUGCAGGGAUAUAUUGGAUUUUUCAUUAUGGAUGCCUUUGUGGAUCUGUUUAUAACUUUGUGCAUCGUAUUAAAUACCAUCUUUAUGGCUAUUGACCAUUACGAUAUGUCGAAAGGUCUACAAAACGCUUUAGAAAUGGGCAACUAUGUUUUUACAGCUGUUUUUGCAGCUGAAGCCUUCCUAAAAAUUCUAGCUCUCGCGCCGUCAACCUACUUCAGAGACCCUUGGAACAUCUUCGAUUCUUUCAUUGUAUUUUUAAGUUUAAUGGAACUGGGAUUAGAGGGAGUACAAGGCUUAUCUGUUUUACGGUCUUUCCGAUUACUUCGAGUGUUCAAACUCGCAAAAUCUUGGCCUACCUUAAAUAUGUUAAUAGGUAUUGUAGCCGGAACUAUGGGUGCCCUCGGUAACCUAACACUUGUGUUGGGCAUCAUAGUGUUCAUCUUUGCUGUCAUGGGACAGCAAUUAUUUGGAGAAAAAUAUGAAAUUAAAGAUCUCUUUGAAGAUGGAGAACUCCCUAGAUGGGGUUUUAGAACCUUUUUGCACUCAUUCAUGAUUGUAUUUCGUGUUUUGUGUGGCGAAUGGAUUGAAUCCAUGUGGAUGUGUAUGAAAGUGUCUGGAUAUGCCUGCGUACCAUUCUUCUUAUUAACCAUGAUCAUUGGCAAUCUUGUAGUACUCAACCUAUUUCUUGCAUUGCUCUUAUCAUCAUUUGGUGCCGAAAGCCUUCAAAGUUCAAAAUCAGAUGAUGAACCCAAUAAAUUACAAGAAGCUAUUGACAGAAUUGUCAGAUUCACGCAUUGGGUUAAAAUGAGUCUAUUGAAAUGUGCAAAGCACACUUUUAAUAAGAAAAGACCAGCAAACAUAGCUGAGCUGCCAAAAAUAGAUGUGAAUGGUAAGAAAACCUUAUUAGAUGGUCACGCAAUCAUUGGAAAUGGAAAGUUUGGAGAUAAGAUAGAAGUUGAUGAAAAUGCAGUAACACCCACUAAUCAAGAAGGAAUAAAAGAAAAAGAUAAAGAUGAAAAAGAUGGUAUAGAUGCUGCUGAUGGAGACAGAAAGCUGUCUGAAUCAUCAACUAGACUUGCGAGUGAAGCAGGAGAAUUAAAAAGUCCAGUAGGGUCUCACGCCAGUUCCAGCCUGACAUCAUUGUCAGAAGGAGGUGAAGAAGACAACCUCAAAGUACAAGUAGAGGGCGAACCAGAAAUUAAUGAAGUUGAUAUUGUCUAUGUGAAAACCCCUGAUGACUGCUUGUGCCAAUUUUGUAUAAAACAUUGCAACUGCUGGCUUUAUUUCCAGCACACAAAAUUUGGUCAAGCAUGGUGGAAACUUAGGUGUUUAAUGUACAGAGUUGUGGAGCAUAAAUACUUCGAGACGUUCAUCAUAACUAUGAUUUUGGCAAGCAGUUUAGCUUUAGCCUUGGAAGACAUAAAUUUGAGAAAAAAACCGAUUAUGGGGCAGAUCCUGAAGUAUAUGGAUAAGUGUUUCACUGUGAUAUUUAUAUGUGAAAUGUUUAUAAAAUGGUUUGCAUUUGGAUGGAAGAAAUACUUCACGGAUGCCUGGUGUUGGCUGGAUUUCCUAAUUGUAGCGGUUUCAAUUAUCAUGUUAGCCGCAGAAAGUAUCGGCAUGGGAAAUCUCAGCGCAUUUCGAUCUAUGAGAACUCUUCGCGCACUUCGACCGCUCAGAGCAGUAUCCAGAUGGGAAGGAAUGAGGGUGGUAGUAAAUGCUUUAAUAAAAGCUGUACCAUCUAUCUUCAAUGUGCUGUUAGUAUGCCUCGUCUUUUGGCUAAUCUUUAGCAUCAUGGGCGUACAACUCUUCAACGGCAGAUUCCAUAAAUGUCUGUAUAUUCAGAACAAGAGCAAAGUGCCAGCAGAAGAAGUCAACAACCGCUCACAAUGUGAGGAAAAUAGAAAUAUUUAUGAAUGGAAAAACUCACCAAUUAACUUUGACAAUGUAUUUAACGGCUAUUUAGCUUUAUUUCAAGUGGCUACAUUUAAAGGUUGGAUAGAUAUAAUGGCAGAUGCCACAGAUAUUAGAGAAAUAGAAGAGCAGCCGAUUAAAGAAUACAGUAUUUACAUGUACCUAUACUUCGUGUUAUUUAUCAUUUUUGGAUCAUUCUUCACGUUGAACCUUUUCAUUGGUGUCAUCAUUGAUAACUUUAAUCAACAAAAAAAGAAGGCCGGUGGAUCUUUGGAAAUGUUUAUGACAGACGACCAGAAAAAAUAUUACAAAGCCAUGAAGAACCUCCAAUCUAAAAAACCCACGAAGGGUAUACCACUUCCUAAGUUCAAAGUUGCUGAAUGGAUGUUCCAUUUGACAACAAGUCAAAAAUUUGAUAUUGCCAUUAUGAUGAUCAUUCUGCUCAAUAUGAUUACCAUGGCCAUGGAACAUUAUGAUAUGAGCCAAACAUUUCAGGACUUCCUGAAAUACAUAAAUAUAGUUUUUAUUGGAAUUUUUACAGGCGAAUGUGUUAUGAAGCUUAUGGGUCUUCGUUUUUAUUACUUCAAAGAACCUUGGAAUAUAUUUGAUUUUGUAGUUGUAGUCCUUUCUAUUUUGGGUAUUGCUUUAUCUGAUAUUAUUAAGCAAUAUUUCGUAUCGCCAACAUUAUUGCGUGUUGUUCGUGUUUUCCGUGUUGGCCGUGUACUUCGUCUUGUGAAAUCAGCAAAAGGUAUCCGUACAUUGCUAUUCUCCUUAGCAGUGUCUUUACCAGCUCUCUUCAAUAUUGGAUUGCUUCUAUUUUUGGUCAUGUUCAUCUACUCUAUGUUUGGGAUGUCCUUCUUUAUGGAUGUCGGUGCUUUCAAUGGUAUAGAUGAUGUUUUCAAUUUCCAGACUUUGAUUCAGAGUAUGAUUCUUCUAUUCCAAAUGUCCACUUCUGCAGGUUGGGAUGGUGUUUUAGCAGCAAUUAUGCGAGAACCUCCAGAAUGUGAUCCUAAUAAGGAAAUAUUUGGAAACAAAAAUGCAAACGGAAAUUGUGGAAGUUAUGGUAUGGCAGUUCUGUUCCUUGUGACUUAUUUAGUUAUAAGCUUUCUCGUGGUAAUAAACAUGUACAUUGCAGUAAUACUCGAGAACUUUAGCCAAGCCACUGAAGAUGUGCAGCAAGGUCUCACUCCAGAUGACUUUGAUAUGUAUUAUGAAAAGUGGGAAAAAUUCGAUCCUAAAGCAACCCAAUAUAUUGCACUCAGUGAACUGUCAGACUUUGUAGACUUCCUGGAAGAACCUCUUCAGUUACCCAAACCAAAUCAUUUUAUGCUUGUUAAACUUGACAUUCCUAUAUGUGAAGGUGAAAAAGUACACUGUGUAGAUAUUUUACAAGCUUUGACAAAGAAUUAUUUGGGAACCGCAGAUGAAUCAGCUGCUGAAGAACCAGCAGCGGAGAAAGUGGAUUAUAACCCUAUUACUUCAACGUUACGUAGACAAAAAGAACACUUUGCAGCAAGAAUCAUACAGAGAGCAUGGAGACAAUUCAGUGCAAAUCGACCACCAAGGCCUCAGUCAGCCUUGCCACCACCACCAUCAUAUGAAGAGAGUUGUAAAAAACAAGACGAAAUUACACAAGAAUCUCCUGAUGAUUCUCCCAGUGGAUCAGGAACAGAAAUACAAACUGAAGUGAAAACUGUCGAACUCUAUCCAGAGAGUGGAGUUGUUGCUUGAAGCAGUGCUUUUGAUAUUUAUAACAACAGCUUGCAGACUUCGUAAGCUAUAUAUAUAUAUAUAUAUAUAUAUAUAUAUAUAUAUAUAUAUAUGAUAUAUAAUAUAUAUAUAUGAUAUAAUAUAUAUACAAUACAUAUAUAUAUAUACAUACACAUUGAUAUUUGCAUAUAUACAUAUUUGCGUAUACAUGUGCGUGCAUGUGUAUGUAUAAAUACAUACACACACACACUCAAACACACAGACACAUGCACACACACACACACGUGUGUGUGUAUAUACAUAUAUAUAUAUAUAUAUGUAUAUAAAUAUAUAUGUAUAUAUAUAUAUAUAUAUAUAUGUAUGUAUAUAUAUAUAUAUAUAUAUAAAAACUCCAAGCACCUGCUCAGUUUCUUUCUACCUAAUUCCAUUUCUGCAAUUGAACAGCAGCAGAAAAA